GUAUAGCACUCCCGAGGAGAUGAUGUAUUAAGUCUCUUGCAGCAGAAUACAUGUGUCAGUCUUUUAGGGUACCACGACUGCACCGUGAGCUUAAUAUUAAGGGUUAAAAGGAACAUAUGUUCGUAUCUUGGGUGCCACGGGCCUCUUCCGUCGUUUUGGGGGUUUUUUUGUGGCGGGAGGGGAGCGCAUUUGAUAUUUUGGCGUCUGCCCCUUUAAAAGCGACGCCAUUCGGCUUCGCCCUCGCAGCACGUGACCCGGAAAUCGCUCUAGCGGCGCCUCAAUGAAGGCGCCGCGGAAAGCUUCGUCGCGCGCUUCGAGAGGCGCCGGAGUCACGUGGCAAAUCUGCCCGGAUUGGGCACCACGAGCGAGCGGGUUUGACUGGGUAAAGAGGAGCAGAGAACAAGGAGGGGCGCCGCUCUGGUACAGCGUAUCGCUGCGAUCCUUUAAGGCCCGGCCCUUACUCGGAGGACUAGAGCAGCACGCAUUCUUAUGACGAGGGUCCGCCGCGCGCUGCUGCGGGGCAGCCGCACGACACUGAGACCUACCUGAUCGCCUCCUCCUUUCGGCCGGACGCUCCAGCUCCUGUUUGUGGCUGGAAUAUGGUUCCUCAGCAGAAGAUACUGAUGUGACUGCUACUUGUAUAUCCCACUUUGUGGUCUGGGCUGCAGCACCUUGGAGAGGAGACGAGACACAAAGCUGAGCCUAUGAUGUAUAUCAUCCUAGUUCCAAAUAAUUAAGCACCCUUAGGAGUUCUCAUUGAACUUAUUUUAACUUGAGUCUUUUCAGCUCUUAGAAUUGCCUUGAAUAGAUUUCACCCUGUUGGCCACUAGUAUGAUGCCAUCUCCUUCGAAGUGUGUGCAAGAACUUCUGUUAAUCUUUGCCUUCAGUUUGGCCUCCUGCAGGGCUACUGAUGCCCUAUACCAUGACUACUGUGUCAUUGGGGCUGGCCCGGCGGGCUUGCAGAUGGCGUAUUUCCUCCAACAUGCAGGCCGAGACUAUGUGGUCUUUGAACGCAGCCAUGCGCCCGGGAGCUUCUUUGCCCUGUAUCCACGCCACCGGAAGCUUAUUAGCGUCAACAAGCGUUACACUGGCAAAUCCAACAGUGAGUUCAACCUUCGCCAUGACUGGAACUCGCUACUCAGCCACAACCGCCGGCUGCUCUUUCGACACUACUCCAAGGACUUUUUCCCAGACGCUGAUGCCAUGGUGCGUUACCUGGGGGACUUUGCUUCCAUGCUGGACCUCCAGGUGCGUUACAACACGUCCAUCACCCGUGUGAUGCUGGAAAAGGACAUUAAGGCAUGGAAUGGUCAUUUCUUCAUCCUAACUGACCAGAAUGCUCAGUUUUAUAAAUGCAGUGUCCUGUUGGUAGCUACGGGAACGUGGGUUCCUAACAAAGUGAACUUCCCCGGUUCAGAAUACGUCGAAGGCUAUGAGUCUGUGUCCAUCGAUCCAGAAGACUUCGUUGGCCAAUCUGUACUGAUCUUGGGCCGAGGAAACUCUGCCUUUGAGACAGCGGAGAACAUUUUGGGCGUCACCAAUUUCGUGCACAUGGUGGGCCGCUCUCGUGUUCGCCUUUCCUGGGCCACUCACUAUGUUGGAGAUUUGAGAGCCAUUAACAACGGCCUCCUGGACACGUAUCAGCUGAAGUCCCUGGAUGGGCUUCUGGAAGGUGACUUGGAAGACUUGGUUCUCGUCAAGGAUAAGAAAGGAAAGCUGCACAUCACCCUCCGCUUCUACCUGGAGAACAGCAACAGCAGCGAAGCAGAGUCCAUCCUCCUCCCUCAGGACGAGCUGGACAACUUUGCCACUCGAGCACCUUACGACCGCGCCAUUGGCUGCCUCGGCUGGAAAUUCGACUUCUCCAUAUUCAACAAGUCUGUGGGGCUGAUACAAGGCAAAGGCAGUAAGAAGAAGUAUCCUCUGAUCAAGCCCAGCUACGAAGCCAAAGCCACCCGGGGCCUUUUUGUUCUGGGAACCGCAAGCCACUCAGUUGACUUCAGGAAAUCUGCUGGAGGCUUCAUUCACGGGUUCCGAUACACAGCUCGCGUAGUUCAUCGCUUAUUAGAAGUCCGUCACCACGGAGUCCCCUGGCCAUCCUCCCUCUACCCCAUUAUGCAGCUAACGAAUGCCAUUGUCAAGCGAGUGAAUGAGGCAUCUGGGCUCUAUCAGAUGUUCAGUGUGCUAGCGGAUGUCAUUCUGCUAAAAGAGAAUGCCACAGAAUUUGAGUACCUGGAGGAGUAUCCGGUUGGGGUCCUGCAAGACCUGGAAUGGCGCACGGGGAAAAAAGUUCAGAAUGGGCUUUUUGUCAUUGUGAUGGAGUAUGGGAAGAAUUUUUCUGGGCCUGACAAGGACGUCUUCUAUUACAACCGCGCUGUGGGUGAAGCCCGCCAUGCUUGGCAGUCCAAUUUCCUGCAUCCUGUCAUUUAUUACUAUAAACGCCUCCCUACCGAGCGUGAAAUGAGGCUCUGCCCACCAGACUGGCCCUUGCCCCGCCCAGAUGCCAUCCAUCACAUUGUGGAGGACUUUCUGACAGACUGGACCGCUCCAAAUGCCCACAUCCUCCCGCUGAGACGGUUCUUGGAGAAUUGCUUGGAAACGGACCUGCGCAGAUUCUAUGCAGAAUCCUGCUUCCUGUUCGCCCUCACGCGUCAGAAAUUGCCUCCCUUCUGCCAGCAGGGAUACAUGAGAAUGCAAGGGCUCAUGGGUAAUGAGAGGCUUAGUCGUCAUGGAGUAGAAGCAGGACUGCUUGAAGACUACACUGCUGUGGACUCCCCAGAUGAGCGGGAAACUGGCAGUACACAGUCACACAAUCCUCUGUUGGAAGAUCACAUGAUACCAAACCACCAGCUGCAGCAUCUCAUAAGCACCAAGGAUGAACUUUAGCCUUCCUUAGACUGCAUCAGAAACCACAAGGAUUGUGGUCAUGGUACCAUGACAUAGACCUCUCCUGGGGCUCCAGCUUCCACUGCGUAUACUUGACUUGGAUUCCUGCCCAUUCCUUUAUGGGGGACCAUGACUUGCCAAAGACUUGUGUAGAUCUGUUGUAAUUUAUGAAGAGCAGAGUCCUUUACAGGAUAAGUGAGGGCUGAAACUGGGUAAUGCUGAGGCAUCCUGUCGCUCCUGCUCACUGUUAUAGCCUGCUGAUGGUGUUGCAUUUCUGCUGUAGGGGCCAGUCUCUAGCUUGUCGCAAGGGAGAAAAGGGGAUUGCACAGAUGACUUGUCACGAAAUAUUAUUCCUGACUGCAUGUUUUGUGGUGGUCCACAGCAGAAGUCGUUGGUUAUGGAUGCUAUGUGUUGUUUUGUCCUUGCAUAUCCUUGCAGAUUCAGUAUGUGCAUGACUUUACAAUCAGUUCGGUAGUAUUGGCUAAAGGAAUGCUGCUAAUGUCUAAUGCAGGGAGAUAUUAUUGUAUCCAGGA